AUGGAUUACGUGCCCACCAAUAUCCCGGAUGCCGAUGAUCCCGACAAGGCGGGGAGGGAGGACGUUCAUGCUUUUGGGCCGGUCAUUGGGGCAUAUGACAAGCUGGCUAUUGCCUUCGGCUACACACCUGUGAAGAAGGAGACUCCAAAACGUGAGCACUGGCCCAGAAUAGCUCCAGAGCUGCAGAAUAUCUUGAAAGAGGCUGAGGCCUAUGAGGCUCCAACCGGCGAGUGCUUGACCAAAGUUUGGCAAAGUGUUCCAGCAGGGCUGAAUAACCAUGCAGAUUUUGGAUAUUGUUGAGAUUAGGUCAACGCACAGUAAGAACCAACAUGAUGAAAUGAACACGACACGCAGCUGGAUAGUUGAAUCAGCUGACUUUGGGUGUGUUACUUUGUGCUGCCUUUUGAGCCGGGUUGUCGUCACAACCCUGCUUAGCUGUAUGAGAACCGGUCACUCUCGGCUCAAAGAAUUCAUAGCUUUGGAGCAGCC